CUUAUCUAGACUCAUCAUAGCAGAUGUUUUGAAAUUAUGGUCUUCAAAUCCUACAAAAGAAAACUGCUGCCUUGGAUAUAUUUCAACUUCAUCAAACAUGCCAACGCUAAAGCACCAGUCGUGGACACUUCUCACAUCAUAAAAACUGUCUACAAUCAAUUAAACAAUUUUGUACAUUGCCCUGAAUCCAACCUGGAUAACAUACACAAGACUCAUGGCUUUACAGUAGGUAUAAAGGAUAGUGCUCUGCACAAUAGAGGUGUGUUUGUCACCUGCGGAGCUGUAUCUCCUGGAUCCAUUAUUGGUUAUUAUCCUGGAACUAUAUACCGUCCUGGUGAUUCCAUUUUCAUCCAAUCCAUAUCAAACUCGUAUAUAUUCCAAUGUUCUGAUGGAACGUAUAUUGAUGGGAAACAUGAUGGGAUUUCAGGAUUGUUUUAUAAAUCUUGCUCUCAGCGAAAUCGUUUGGGUCCCCACAUGACAUGUGAUGAAUCGUGGUUAGCCCUUAAAAACCCUGUAAACCCCCUGGCCUGUGGUCAGAUAGUAAAUAACGGUGGCAACAAAACUUCAAAUGUCAGUUACUGUGAAAUAGACAUAGAUCUGAGGAAAGUUCCUUUAAAGCAGAGAAGAUUUAUCCCAAACGUUUUAUACUCAGAACCAUCUGCUUACUUGAGAAUGGUAGUUUUAGUUGCUACAAAGGAAAUUGUAGAGGAGGAAGAGAUAUUGUCAUCUUACCUCUCCAUUUUCUAA